AGAGGAAAGUUUAUGACAGAACAAUACAAGUGAUUGCGAGGGAAAAAUAAAACAGCAUUUUUAUUAUUUAUCUUUGUAGUGAUGAGAAGAAGCUUCAAAACCCUCAUCAAUGGCCGACAAAUUCGCUUUAUAAGACUCUGAUUGAUCAAUUCAGACUUCAUUGCUGUGUGUUCGGUUGGAUUGUAGAGCUCGAACUUUGCCGAUCGACAUAAAAUUCGCCCACACCCAGUUCUGAUUUUCUGUUUAUUUUUACCUUUUUGCCACGACUCACUAACAGAAGCACCUGAAGAAAUAGGUACCUGGAACUUUAACGUAUUUUUCGUUCACUGCUGUUUUUUCCCCUUGUUUUUCUCUCCUUCCUUUGCGACUUUUGAAUGGGUAUAGUUGAGGCGACUGAAUCUGUAGAAAAUGCGUUUUUCAGUGGCUUGAAAUUAGUUGGAAAAUGACGAUCAGGCGCUUUUGAAUUUACGCUAUGAAGUUAGGAACUUGCGGAUUUGAGGUGAAAUUUAUGAUAAGAGUAAUUUUUGGUUGAAAUUUUGAGCUGGAAUAUGGGCCAAGGAAUCCUUGUUAGAAAUUGUGGCAUUAGUUGAAGAAGUCGGUUUGUGUGUUGUAUAAUUAAUUAUUUAGAUUAGGAGCAGUUUCCUAGUUAUUAUAGGAGAUUUAAUUUAUGAUGAGAGUAAUAUACCGAAGAGAUUUUGAGCUAAAAUCCAGGCAGGAGAAUCUGUCUUCUGUUUUAAAUAUAAAAGAGUGGCAUUUGAAUAACAAGGCGGUUUAUAAGAUGUAUACGUUUAGGAAUACUUUUGUAGCUGAGAUUGUAGGUUAGGUGAGUUUUAGUCCAGUGCAAGGUCUUCUAUUAUUAAAUAUUUGAGCCAAAUUUAGUCGGUGAUGCUGUGUAAAAAUAAGGCAAAGCGAUUGAACAUAGUUUUAUGGAUAUGAUUUGUUUUGGUAACUGUAAUGGUAGGGUUUGACUGUGUAGAGUCUGUUCUGGCGAGCGAUUUUGCGAGGAUGAAUUCUUUUUUUGAGGAUUUGAGGCGGUAUUAGAAAUUAACAAGGUGUUCCAUGAGUCCUGGAUCGUUGUUAAUGGAAGACAUCAAGCCUUCAACGAGGUUAAAUGGAUUGAAUCCCGAAGAGGAUAGCAUGGAAGCUCGGCUCAAAGAAUUUUGUCAGAGAGGGCUGUCUUUGGAGGAGGAAACCACAGAACAGGCACUUCGUUUGUUCAGAGAAACCAAGGAUGUUCUGUUGGCUAAUAUGAAAUCCCUUGCCAACGGAAAUGCAGAGGAAAAUGAGCGGUUUUGGUUUUCUUGUGUUCUUUAUUCUGUUAAGAGACUGAAUGGUGGCAACACAGUUAGCAAAAUAAACCAAGAAGACAAUGAUACUGGUUUUACGCUUUCUCAGAUCUUAAGAGUUGCCAAGCUCAAUAUCCUGGAUUUCUUCAAGGAAAUGCCACAAUUUUUCCUCAAAGCAGGCUCCAUUAUAAACAAACUUUAUGGAAUCGACUCGGAGAAAAGGCUUCAGACAAAGGAGCUCCAGGCAAAUUUUGUUCAUCUGACUGUAUUGUACAAGUAUUACAAACGAGUAUACCAGGAUUUCUUUUUAUCAGGGGAUAGUACUCAAGAUGCAGUCACAAAUGGUUCUGAGUCUGUUUUAAGUGGCAUUGAGCCUGUUUCAAACUAUCUUAGAUUUGGUUGGAUGCUGUUCCUGGCAUUGAGAAUCCAUGUUUUUAGCCGUUUCAAAGACCUGGUAACUUGCACAAAUGGGUUGGUAUCAAUAUUGGCUAUUCUGAUUUUGCACGUUCCUAUACGAUGCAGAAGUUUUUCUUUUAAUGAUUCUACUCGCUUUGUUAGGAAAGGUGGCAAAGGGGUCGAUCUGAUAUCAUCUCUGUGCAAUAUCUAUCAUACGUCAGAAGAGGACUUGUUAAAAACAAUUGACAAGGCUAAUGCUCUGAUAGUUGACAUUUUGAAAAAAAACCCAUAUCCUGCUUCAGAAUGCCACACUGAAGAGUUGAAGGAUAUUGAUACAGAUGGCUUGACAUAUUUUCAAGAUCUUGUAGAAGAGAGCUCCAUUGUAUCAAGUAUUCGAAUUCUUGAAAGGGAUUAUGAAGAUGCGAUCCAUGAUAGGGGAGAACUUGAUGAACGAAUGUUUGUAAAUGAAGAAGAUAGCUUAUUUGGUUCAGGAAGUGUUUCCGGGGGCAAUGUAAAUAUUACUGGAUUAAAGAGAAAAUAUGAUGCUAUAUCCUCACCAACAAAGACAAUAACAAGUCCAUUAUCUCCGCCGGGCUCUCCAUUGACAUCCCCAGUAAAAGAGAGCUCUACACCCUCUAAAAAUAAGAUGCCCCCACCUUCUACACCAGUGAGCACAACAAUGACAACUGCAAAAUGGCUUCGAACUGUGAUCACUCCACUUCCUGCAAAACCCUCUUCAGAGCUUGAACAGUUCCUUUCAUCAUGUGAGAGGGAUAUAAAACCAGAUGUGAUCCGUAGAGCACAAAUAAUACUGGAAGCAAUUUUUCCUAGCAGUGCACCUGUGUACAGAUGUGUUGCUGGAAGCCUUCAGAGCGCUGCAUUGAUGGAUAGCAUAUGGGCAGAGCAGCGUAGGCUGGAAGCAUUAAAGCUAUAUUACAGGGUUUUGUCUGCUAUGUGCAGAGCAGAGUCACAGAGAUUACGUAGCAGUAACUUGACAUCCCUGCUGACUAAUGAAAGAUUUCAUAGAUGCAUGCUUGCUUGCUCGGCAGAACUUGUUUUGGCAACACACAAGACAGUUACAAUGAUGUUUCCUGCAGUUCUUGAACGAGCAGGGAUUACUGCAUUUGAUUUGAGCAAGGUGAUAGAAAGUUUUGUAAGGCAUGAGGAAACUCUCCCAAGAGAGUUAAAGCGGCAUCUGAACUCAUUAGAGGAAAGAUUACUGGAAAGCAUGGCAUGGGAAAAGGGCUCCUCAAUUUACAAUUCCCUUAUUGUAGCAAAGCCUGGCCUUUUGCCAGUAAUAAAUCAACUAGGCCUUCUAGCAGAACCGAUGCCAUCUCUAGAUACCAUUGCUAUGCAUCAUAAUCUCACUUCUGGAAAUCUUCAGCUAUCCACCAUUCCUCACAAGAGUGAGGCUAUACCAGAUAAUAAUAUUGCUGCUCCAUCUUCACCUCAGAGGCAUACUCCUCCUGUAGUUUCAAUUGAGAUGGCAGUUGGAGUUUCAGGUGUAAAUAAUAGCUUUGUCUCACCAGCAAAGGACCGGUCCUCAGCCUUUUUAGCCUUUUCCUCUACAAAAUCAAGAUUACAGCCUCCUCUGCAGACAGCUUUUGCAAGUCCCACACGACCAUGUUCUGCAGGAGGAGGGGAGACUUGUGCAGAGACUGGAAUAAAUGUAUUUUUCCAGAAGGUUCUUAAGCUAGCUGCAAUUAGAAUCAAGGGCUUGUCUGAGAGACUUAAUCAACCUAUUCAUGUUAUGGAACAAGUUUAUCGUCUUGUAAAAUGUGUUCUAAACCAAGAAACAAGUUUGUUUUUCAAUAGACAUAUCGACCAAGUCAUUCUUUGUAGCUAUUAUGGGAUUUCAAAGGUUUCUGGUUUGGGGUUGGCAUUUCGAGAAAUUGUUGCUCAGUACAGGAAACAACCUCAGUGUAAACCUCAAGUAUUCCGAAAUGUAUUCAUUGAUUGGUCAUUAACAAACCAUCCUGGGAAAACAGGGCAGGACACUGUGGACAUUAUUGCAUUUUAUAAUGAAGUGUUUGUGCAUACUAUGAAGCCCUUCUUGGUUCAGUUUGCUCCUAAUGCCGCACCUGGAAAUCAUAACCAUAGCUCAGAAGAUCCAGACAAAAAUGAAGGUCCAUCUCCAGGAUCACCUGGACCAUCACCUUUUCCCAGUCUUCCAGAUAUGUCUCCCAAGAAAGUAUCAGCUGCGCAUAAUGUCUAUGUUUCACCACUACGCUCUUCCAAGAGGGAGACACUCAUUUCAAGCCAUUCGAAAAGUUUGUAUGCAUGUGUUGGUGAAAGUACUCAUGCAUAUCAAAGCCCUUCAAAAGAUUUGACAGCUAUUAACAAUCGUCUGAACAGCAGCAGACGUGUUAGUGGCAGACUCAACUUUGAUGAUGCAGGGUUAGUGAGUGACACCCUUGUGGCUGGGAGUUUGUAUACCUCACAAAAUCCUGGCAAUCUUACUUCAGAUUCUGUUCUAAGCCAGUCCCAGUCUUUGCCAUGGACAACAUCAGCUUCACCUUUGAAGCGGAGACAAACAGAUAGAUAACAAGUAUACCAAUGGGCUGUAGAUAAUUCAUUAUUUUCUAAUUUAGUGUAGACAUUAACACCAGGGCUGUUAGGCUAUUUCAAUUUUUCCGUUAAAUUGGGUUGCUGGCUGUUCUAGCAUCAAUUUGUUUAGAACAAUAGAGGUAGAGCUAUGCAACAGGAGAUGGACUUGAUACCAAAGAAUGAGGUGUUCAUUUACUGUUGCAACUUGUGCCAUAGUAGUUGCAGUUGUCUCAGUGAUGUUCUUCCAAUGGGCAUGUGAUGCCUGCUUCAAAGUAAAAUCAUUAUGUUGCUAAAUAAGAUCCGAUUCCAAGGAAUUUGUACUGUGCAUAACUUUGAUUCUUUUUGGCUAAAAGUUCGAGGAAUUAGAAGAAAGUUGUAUGGUGCACCAUCAUCAUUAUUUUAGUUUUUCUUUUCUGUUA